AUGGAGGUCAGUGCAGUGGUGGCUACGGCGGUUACCGCCAUGUCCGUCAAGAGCAUGGAGUUGAAAUGGGUGAGCAGUAGAGGCAAAACCCAGAUGGAAAAAACCAUAAAAACGCCAUCAAAGUCCAAAUCGCCAUUUCCCCUGCAAGCCAUGGUCCCAAUUUUCAUAUCCACAAACCCAUCUCACGUACACCCAUCCGACCUUCGAGACCUCUUCACCACCUACAACCUCUCACCUCACCGGUUCCCCAAUUACGCUGACGAUGGCGGCGUUGAAGCCGUUAACUUGCACAAGUUGUGCAUUGCUCUCUCCCAAAGCUCAGUCCUAGUCUCGGUCUUCUGCAAGCCAAGUGAUUUAAUUGGUGAUUCAUCAUCGUUAUCGUCUUUCAUCGAAACACAGCAGCAAAAGAGAAGGAAGAAGAAGAAGACAAUUGGUUUUGGGGAGUUGCUUCAGAAUGUCGUCGUUGCGCCAGGAUGA